AUGAGGGCUUCAGAAUCUACCUCGAAGAAUACUAACGGUGGCAUUGUGAUCGCGAAAAGCCUGUGUCGCAAACGGGACCAAGACACAUGCCUUAUAACAUAUCUCCGCGAACCCAUUGAAGUGGCUCACAUCUAUCCCUUCUCCCUUGGCAAGAAGAAGACUUCUGGGGGACCUUACGUCACUUUUGGACCUAGGAGAGGGUCAACAGAUGGAAAGCGAAAGUCACAGGAUCGGAACCUGUGGGAGAAGGCUCGUUUCGCCUUGCGGCCUAUGUGCAUCAGCGAUGACCAGAAAGUAAUGACCGCGGAGUUUUUCUGGCUUCCGGGGCACAAACGUUCUGGAUACAAGGCCAUCGACGAACCUCCCGUUGCUUUCUCCAGUGACCUCACGGCUUGCACUGUAGAAGAGAUAGAAAGGGCCAAGCUUUUUGACAUGCGAACAAAGUCAGAAAUAAAUUCAGGGGACGCACUUACCUUCAGUACUAGGGAACCGGUCAAAUAUUCCCUCCCAUCGAUAGAGCUGCUGGAGAUGCAAUGGACCCUGCAUCGGGUUCUGGCCCUCAGCGGCGCUGCCGACGUCACCGAUGAAGACCUUGACCCGUAUAUAAGAAUGGGCUUGGGGCUCAAUAUCGUUGGAGAGGGUGAGGAAGAAGAGGAUAUUAAAGAUGUAGAGAUGAGACGAGGAAGAUAG